AUGCCAUCAUACUGGGAUUCUGAAAUGGAUAAAUCAGAUAUGAUACCAAACAAGUUAACCUACCCUUCCCUUGGUCCACCAUGCCCCAUGUCAAUUGAAUAUCUUGAACGCGUCAAAAUUCUAUCUGAAAAAAUUAAGCAAAAAAAGCCAAAGGUGGUUGGUCACCCUUCUUUUACCAAAAUUCCAAGAAUUAGACUUUACUGCGCAAAUGAGGCCUUGGCCAUUCCUUAUGUCAGUCCAAUGUUGGCAGAAAGUUUAGGAAAUUUACCACCCAUUUUAUGUCAAGUAGGUGGCGGAGAAAGGUUUCGGGAUUCUUUAGUUUUAUUUGGUUUUAAAGCUUCUGACCCAAACAAAUACCAAUUGCCCAAAUACGCUACGGAAAAUUUUGAUAAUUCCCCAUUCAAGAAACCCACACAGGUCACACUUGAGCUCUAUGACGAUGCUUGCCAUUGCUUUUUCUUGUUUCCUUUUGAAAAAAUUAGCCUUUUCUCGCAAAAUAGAGCAUUUGAUUUCAUUAAGCUUCAUGCAGCCGUCGAUGAAAAUAUUCCUGACGGAUCAGAAAAUAGCGCUACUUAUGAAAAUGAUAAAACGAUUAAUGCGAUCGCAAUUAACCCUAACUGUGAAAUUAGGGAGUUGGAUGAGAAAUAUAUGGAUUGCUUAAAGUUUGAGAAUAUUGGAGUUUUGCCGGAUGUGAAUGAAGAUGAUUAUGUUGAUAAUGUUUAG